UUGAGUGCAUAGCUACUUACGCAUGGAAGCUGAGAGGUUGCAGAUGCUAGGAAACGUGGAUGAUUUAUUUUCAGUACUUGAAAAGGAUCCCUAUGUUUUGGAGCGUAUUGAACAAAUACCAUUUGUGACUACUCCCUUGCACACAGCUGCAAGCGAGGGAAAUGUCUAUUUCGCCAAGGAAAUACUAAACUUAAAGCCUUCAUUUGCUAGGAAGCGAGACCAUCUUGGGCGUAGCCCCCUCCAUUUGGCUUUGGAGGGGAAACACCUGAAGGGUAAGCUUACGUACCAGCAACUUGUAACAUGGUUGAUAAAGCAUGACAGUGAGCUUGUCCGUGUCAAAGCAAAGGGGAUGAUUACUCCUUUGCACUAUGCAGCUCAAGUAGACGACGAAUCCAAUUUGGCUGAUUUUUUGUAUGUUUGUCCAUCAUCAAUCAAAGAUUUGACUGUUAAAGGUGAAACUGCUGUCCAUGUUGCCCUCAAAAACAGGAGUCUCAAGGCCUUUAAAGUCUUGUUAGGAUUUCUUCGACGCUUUGACAAAGAAGAGAUUCUAAACUGGGAGGACGAAGAAGGAAAAAAUGCAUUGGAUACUGCAGUAUCUGUAAAUCAUCGUGAGGCGGUGAAGCUGUUGAUCAGACGUGUCAAUAAAAAGAACGGUAAAGGUUUAACAGAUUUGGACACCUUCGAUGAUCGCAAAGAUUCGCUACAUUUAGUACUUAAGGACUGUCAACCUGCUCCUCCUAAAGUUAAAACAACACCCAUAAGUCUUUCAAAAAAAAUUAUUAUAGAUUUAUUUGGUUCACGAAAUUCACUAGUGGAGUACUUUUCUAGGCCCCUAAACUUUUCAGCACUAAUUCUGAAAAGUUUAGGUCUGGUUUACCAAAGAAUAAACCAGAUUCAUUUGGAUGCCCGAAACAUACUACUUGUGGUGGCUGUAUUGGUAGCCACAGCCACAUAUCAAGCUGCACUAAGCCCACCCGGAGGAUAUUGGCAAGAUGAGGGCAAUCUACAGCCUGCCAACAGCACCACCAACAUCUUCAAUACAGGUCCAUCAACAGAACGAGCAGGGCAUAUGAUUCUAGCGUCUUCAACGCAUUUUGUGUUUUUGAUGUGCAAUUCUUUGGCUUUUUUCAUGUCUGUGUACGUAAUUUUGAUUCUCACAACUCUCCACCAAUUAGUCAUUCUCCCGACAACCCUUUUGGUAUUUUCGUUUUGUCUUGCGGUUGCUGACACUUCCUUUUACAAGAAACUUACAGCUGUAGGGUAUUGUUUUGAUAUUUUUCUGUCUGUAAGUGCACUUAUAGCAUAUGGUAUCCCACUAUUAUAUCAUCUCCAGGGAAAGGAGCUCAGACGGCUAGGCCAGCGGAGGAAUCUACGUCUGGGAAGCUUUUAAAAACUUAAAAUGUGAAGUCAGCAUUGUUUGUAAUGUUAUACCUGCUUUGAAUAUUUAAUAAAGUUGCUUCUUUUACAAGUA